ACAUUUGUUUAUUUUUUAAAUCCACUAACCUCAAGUUUAUAUUUUAUAGGUAGCAUAUUUUACAGCCACCUUCCCUUAUUUGAUGCUCCUCAUACUACUGAUCAGAGGUUUGACUCUACCUGGAGCGUGGGAUGGUAUUUACUAUUACUUGUAUCCUGAUAUAACUCACCUGGCCAACCUCAAGGUGUGGAUAGAAGCAGGAUCCCAGGUACUUUUUUCCUACUGUCUAACCACAGGAACCCUAAAUGUUCUGAGCAGCUACAACAGAUACAACAACAACUGUUACAAGGACUGCUUCUGGCUCUGUCUGCUGAACAGUGGAACCAGUUUCAUUGCUGGGUUUGUGGUUUUCUCUGUACUGGGAUUCAUGGCUCAGAAACAAGGAGUUACUGUGGACGUUGUGGUUGAUUCAGGUCCAGGUUUGGCCUUUAUCGCUUACCCUCAGGCUACAGCCUUGAUGCCUUUACCACAGUUCUGGAGCGUCUGCUUCUUCCUGAUGCUGGUUCUUCUCACUGUCGACACACAUGUAGGUGUCAGUUUUUGUUGCAAUAACAAGUUAACAAUUAUCUGGUAUUACUGGGACACAUGGAGCUCACUUUUGAUUAAUGUUUGUCCCCAGUUUGUGUUUGUGGAGAGUUUCAUCACCACAGUGACUGACAUGUUUCCAAAGCUGUUUCGUGUUCCAGUGAAGCGACAGAUCUUGGUCCUCUUGGUCUGUUUGUCCAAUUUCUGCUUACAUCUGAGUUUGGUUACUCAGGUGAGCUCAUGGAUCCUCACUGAAUCCAUAAAAAACUGAAAUAUUCUCCUAAAUCUGAUGCCCCCUGACAUUAGGGAGGAAUUUACAUCUUCCAGCUGAUUGAUUUUUACGGUUCCACCAGAGUCUGCCCAAAUUUUAUGGCAAUAUCUGAAUGCGUGGUUGUGUGUUGGGUAUUUGGUGAGUACAAACUUAAAAGCUUCCCAAGCUGCUGUUUGUUUCAAAUCUUUUUUUACUUUUUGUAAGUCAAAUGUUGUCGGUUUUGUAAACUAUGAAUUUGAUC